UCGGUGCCGCUAUCGCUGAAAAUGUCCAUAGCCAUAGAGGAUCGAGUUACACUACGCCCCAUCUUUAAGCCCCAGUCAGUGCGCCGUUAGCCGCAAGACAACAGAGGAUUCUGGCCGCCGAGAAAGUAAAGCCUCCACGCUCAUGCCUUGAAAAAGGGAGUUUGAAAUUGAUGUUAAUGGGGAGAAAUCACAUUCACCUGGAGUUCUGAAAAUGAUAGAAACAAUGGAUACACAGCGUGCCUUGCAGGCGGUGGAGCGUCUCCAGGCCAAACUGAAGGAGCGGGGGGAGGUGCCCACUGAGGAGAAGCUCAGCCUGCUCAAAUCAGUGCUCCAGAGCCCCCUCUUCCACCAGAUCCUGGCCUUGCAAAAGUCCGUCCAGCAUCUCAGAGACCAGGGGAAUGUUCCAGUGUCACGUGGGAGUGACCUUGGUGAUCACGUCACAGCAGUCAAGCCCAAUGGCGGCCAUGUUUCCUACACAGACACAUCAGCUGCCACACACAUCAAUGGCAAGACGUCAUCUGAAGAAUUUGAACACCUUAUUCACUCCAUGGCACAGGGGCGCAACGUGACACACGUGGACCUGCAGAAGCCAGUGUCAGGAGGCCUUGGCUUCAGCGUGGUGGGCCUAAAGAGCGAGAACCGCGGUGAACUCGGCAUCUUCAUUCAGGAAAUUCAACCAGGAAGUGUGGCUCACUGUGAUGGGAAGCUCAAAGAAGCUGACCAGAUCUUAGCCAUCAAUGGCCAGCCCCUGGACCAGACAGUGACCCACCAACAGGCUAUAGGCAUCCUGCAGAGUGCUUCAGAGAGGGUGCAGCUCACGGUAGCAAGAGGACCAGUACCUCAGCUGGCCAGUCCUGUGGUGUCACGCACGCCCUCUGCUGCCAGUACACUGUCAGCCAACUCCAGCGCGUGGCAGCAUGUGGAGACAAUUGAGCUGGUCAACGAUGGCACUGGUCUUGGCUUCGGCAUUGUGGGAGGAAAGACCACUGGGGUUAUUGUCAAAACCAUCCUUCCUGGAGGCAUAGCUGAUCAGGAUGGCCGCCUGCGAAGUGGGGACCACAUCCUGAGAAUCGGAGACACUGACCUGUACGGCAUGGGCAGCGAACAGGUGGCCCAGGUCCUCAGGCAGUGUGGCAACAGAGUGAAGCUGGUGGUUACCAGGGGUCCUGUGGACGAGAAUCCCUCUGUCUCUGCUAUCAUGCCUGUGAUGCUCCCCACUGUCAAUGAACAACAGGGCUGUGAAGAAGAGGAGGCUGAAGCAUUUGAUGUGAGCCUUACCAAGAACAUGCAGGGACUGGGGAUCACUAUUGCUGGCUAUGUUGGAGAUAAAAAUUCAGAGCCCUCUGGUAUUUUUGUUAAGAGCAUAACAAAAGACAGUGCUGUAGAUCAAGAUGGCCGUAUUCAUGUUGGAGACCAGAUAAUAGCUGUCGAUGGUGUAAACAUCCAGGGAUAUACCAAUCAACAGGCAGUGGAAGUGCUCAGACACACAGGCCAGACAGUCCACCUUAAGCUGAUCCGGCGGGGCUUCAGCCCUGAUGAGAUCCCCCCUGCUGUGGUCCCCAGUGUCCCUGUCCUGCCCCCUUCCACCACCAUCCCCACCACCACCACCGUCAUGAGGGAGCUAGAGCUGGAGAGGAAGAAGGCUGAAGAGGCUGCUCAAGUCACCACAGAUGAAAAGCCACUCCAGACAAAGAGUGACGCAUCUGAUGUCAGCCUAGCCACGGAUCAGCUAACAGAAGACAAACGUGGGAUGAAGCUAACACCCUUUGAAGAGGAAGAACUAAUGAAGAAGUGGCAGGAGAUUCUGGGUCCAAGUAACGAAGUUGUUGUGGCUCAGGUAGAGAAGUUUAGUGAGAACAGUGGCCUGGGCAUCAGUCUAGAGGCCAACAGUGGGCAUCAUUACAUCCGCUCUGUUCUACCUGAGGGACCUGUUGGUCGCUGUGGCAAGCUGUUCAGUGGAGAUGAACUGCUUGCGGUAAAUGGUAUAUCCCUAAUUGGUGAGACCCACAAGGAAGUAGUCAGAAUCUUGAAGGAGCUUCCACUAUGUGUAUACAUGACAUGCUGUAGGCCCGCCCCUCACCUGCAGAUUGACAUGGAUGCUGUCCAACCAGAGUCGGAAGCUUUGUCCAGAACACCUGAAUUAAAGAAACAAAUAGACCUGAGCAGCGUUCUGGUUGCUGAAAACACAGAGGUGAACGCAGCGGCAGCGACACAGACACAGGAUAAUGUGACAGAGGAGGCGAUAGGCUCUCCUUUGGCUAUGUGGGAGUUGGAGAUCCAGAAUAUCGAGCUUGAAAAGGGAGAAGGGGGAUUGGGAUUCAGCAUUCUGGACUACCAGGACCCACUGGACCCCGCUAAGACGGUGAUCGUGAUUCGCUCUCUGGUUCCCAGCGGUGUGGCCGAGCAGGAUGGCAGACUGUUGCCAGGAGACCGACUCAUGUAUGUUAACACCACCAACCUGGAGAACGCCAGCCUGGAGGAUGCUGUCCAGGCCCUGAAGGGGGCCAAGCUCGGCAAGGUCCAGAUAGGAGUUGCCAAACCACUGCCUGGAAUAUGUGGAUAUUCCCACUCUCCACACCCAUAUGGUGAGCAGGAAAUUACUUCAUCAUCCACCAUCCGUUCAUUUGACUUCAACAAUAUUUUGGUUGAAGAAGGAGAGGAAGAAGAACUGACUGAGGGCAUCGUUUACCGAGCAGAGCCUGCAUUGAUUGACACCAGCGAAGCAGACCUGUCUGAUGAAAAGGUCUUAGAUCACACCUACUCUGGGAUAGAGGAUGACACUUUCCAGGCAUCCAUGAUUGCUCUUCAUGGUAGCAGCUGUAGUGCAGACUUGGAUUACCUGCAUUCAUCUACGCCCAAGCUGACAGCUCGCCUGGACUUGUUGGAUGAGCAUCCCUGCUUUGCAACACCGCCCGGCCUUGCCGACAACACUCAAGUGUUCUCUCUGGAGAAGUCUGCCUCUUUCACUUCUCCGAGUUUGAGAGGUCACGUCCCGGCUUUUAACACAAUACUAAGCAGUUCUGAUCAGUACCUGGCACAACACUCAACCAAUGAAGACCCAGCAGAGUGCUCAAACUCAUACAGCCCGUUUGCUGAAAUAGGGACCAGAUCUAAUGUCCCAGACGAACCUAUGGAGCCUCUUCCCUAUCAGAAGGAGCCACCCAUGUCUUUCGGAGAUAUUGAAGUUAUAAAGAUUUUGAUGAAGGAUGAGGAGGCUGGUGCAAAAGAAGACGGUGACAAGGAAGUACUGACCUCAGGGAGCAAUUUUGAAAGGACUAUCACAGUUGUCAAGGGCAACUCCAGCCUUGGGAUGACAGUGAGUGCCAUGAAAGAUGGUUUGGGAAUGCUGAUCCGCAGUAUAAUCCAUGGCGGGUCCAUUAGCCGUGAUGGACGUCUGGGUGUUGGUGAUCUCAUCCUGGCCAUCAAUGGAGAGCCCACAGCCAACCUGACCAAUGCUCAGGCUCGCGCCAUGCUGAGGAGACACUCUCUCAUUGGACCAGACCUGGGAUCUGCUUGUGCACCUGAGGACGAUCUGUGCCCAUUUUAUGUCAUCACAUAUGUUCCAGCAGAGUAUCUGGAAGAGUACAAGGCCAGCCUAGAGCAGGCUAAAGAUGAUGUCUUCUCUGAAACAGCUCCAGUCCCAGUUCCAGCUCCAAAAGAUAUUCCUAACCUCCCUGAACGGGAAGAUGGAGAGGGAGAGGAGAGUGCCUCUUACAGCAACUGGAACCCACCUAAGAAAGUGGAGCUCUUCCGAGAGCCAGGCAAGUCCCUGGGUAUCAGUAUAGUCGGGGGCCGAGGGAUGGGCAGCCGGCUGAGCAAUGGAGAGGUGAUGAGAGGCAUUUUUAUCAAGCAUAUUCUGGAGGACAGUCCUGCUGGACAGAACGGGACCCUGAAGACAGGAGACAGGAUUGUAGAGGUGGAUGGAGUAGACCUAAGAGAUGCUAGUCACGAGGAGGCAGUUGAGGCCAUACGCAGGGCAGGUAACCCUGUCUCCUUUUUGGUCCAGAGUAUUAUCCACAGGCCCAGGCCUGAGUCAAUAUAUAGCUCAGCUCCAUCACCUGCUGUAGAGCAACACACCGCCGCUUUCACAUGCAUGCCACAUCGCACAUGUCAGAGGCCACCCCUGCCCUUUCUGCAGCUAAAUAGCCACCGCGGGUCAAGCCUUUGCUGCACUAAUCAAACCUACUUAGCACCUGCCUUACCUCAGCAGUCAUCGUUAACAGACUCCAGUGAGGAGAGAGCUGCAGCUGUGACAAGGGACAACAAGGACAAGGAGGGUGACAGUCACAAUAGACUUUUCCUCCGCCUCUCCCCAACUAACCCUUUCACUCCUACCCCGUUUAAGCCGGCGAAGCGUGAAGCGGCGAAGGCAUCUCCCACCAGCACUUUCCUCCUCCUGCCAGUGGUGCCCCAUGUGGGAGAGACUGAUACAGACACGCUGACAGAGAUUCCUGGCAGACCUGCUGAGGCAGAGGAGGAGAAUGAGGAGGAGGUGGAGGAUGAGUUUGGAUACAACUGGAAGAACAUAAUCCAGCGCUAUGGCAGCCUCCCAGGUGUCCUACACAUGAUCGAGCUGGAGAAAGGCAAGACAGGCCUGGGCCUCAGCCUGGCGGGGAACAGGGACCGCUCUCGCAUGAGUGUGUUCGUGGUGGGAAUAGACCCCAACGGGGCGGCCGGCAGGGACGGGCGUAUGGUAGUGGGGGAUGAGCUUCUGGAGAUCAAUGGGCAAGUCCUUUAUGGCCACAGUCACCAGAAUGCAUCCUCCAUAAUCAAGAGCUCUCUAUCCAAAGUCAAAAUCAUCUUUGUCAGGAACACAGAGGCGCUGAACCAGAUGGCUGUGGGACCGGUGAGAGAACAUGAGGGAGACACAAUGGAGCCCCACACUGAGCUAGAAACAACUGCUGCUAAUGGCGAUGCCGAUACUUCAGAUUAUGUGCAUCACAUCAUAAAGCUGAAGGAGGACGGAGGACUUGGCAUCACCUUUGUGGAGGGGAACACUGAGAGUGGAGUUGAGAUUCAGAGUAUAUCUGAAGUGAAAGGACACACAGGCAAAGAGGGCUGCAUGAAACCAGGGGACAAACUCUUAGCUGUGAAUGGUGAAUCAGUGCAAGGCUACACUGUGGAAAAGGUCAGUUCUCUACUGAGAAAAGCCAAAGGUCCAGUGAAGCUAACCUUCUCUACAAAUGAGUCCUCCUUCUCCUCUCCCCAGUCAACCUGCCAUGACAGGGGUUGCUCGGGUGGCGUCCUUGCCAGCCUACCCAGCAUUCCUAGUGCCACUGUGACUACCCUGAGUCAAGCAGAGGCGGAAGCAGUCACUAGUCAGAGUCGCUCGUCCACCCCUUCCACUCUGGCCUGUGACCCGGCAACCUGUCCUAUCAUCCCCGGCUGUGAGACCACCAUCGACAUCUCCAAGGGCCACACAGGUCUGGGCCUUAGCAUCGUGGGAGGCUGUGACACCCUGCUGGGGGCCAUCAUUAUCCAUGAAGUUUAUGAAGAAGGGGCAGCCUCAAAAGAUGGCCGGCUUUGGGCAGGAGACCAAAUCCUAGAGGUGAAUGGUAUCGACCUGCGUGAAGCCAGUCAUGAUGAAGCCAUCAAUGUGCUGCGGCAGACCCCGCAGAGAGUUCAGCUGACGGUCUACAGGGACGAGACCCAGUACAAGGAGGAAGACCUGUGGGACUCCUUCACUGUAGAGCUGCACAAGAAGCCUGGCCAGGGCCUGGGCCUGAGCAUUGUAGGGAGGAGAUCACGGGACCACAGGAAUGACACAGGAGUAUUUGUGUCCGACAUUGUGAAAGGAGGUUUGGUGGACACUGACGGCCAACUGAUGCAGGGCGACCAGAUCCUGUCAGUCAAUGGUGAGGAUGUCAGGUCGACCACUCAGGAGGCCAUGGCUGCACUACUCAAGUGCUGUGUGGGGCCUAUAAAAAUGGAAGUAGGGAGGUUUAAGGCAGGCCCCUUCCACUCUGAACGAAGGCUGUCUCAAAGUAGUCAGAUGAGUGAAACAUGCAGCUCCAAGGUGGCCUCUCAGUCAUGUUCAGAAUCUGGAAACCUUCCUGAUGACACUGACAAACUAAGUCUGGAUUCUUCAGAGCAUCAGGACACCAGAACAGUCGAGUUCACUAAAGGCCCCAAUGAUUCUCUGGGUAUCAGUAUAGCAGGCGGCGUGGGGAGCCCUCUGGGUGAUAUACCAAUCUUUAUCGCCAUGAUGAAUCCCAUCGGAGUGGCUGCACAGACCCAGAAGCUCAAGAUUGGGGACCGAAUCGUCAGUAUUUGUGGAACCUCUGCUGAAGGCAUGAGCCACUCACAGGCUGUCACUCUCCUCAAGAACGCCACGGGCACAAUACAGCUGCAGGUAGUAGCGGGCGGUGACACCACUGUUACUGGUCCCUCUCAGGAGCAGGCAGCUGGAGGUCUUACACCCAGCUGCAUCUUCCAGGAUGACCUCGGCCCACCUCAGUAUAAGACCAUCACUCUUGGAAGAGGACCAGACGGACUGGGUUUCAGUAUAGUCGGAGGGUACGGCAGCCCCCAUGGAGAUUUGCCGAUCUAUGUUAAAACAGUAUUUGGAAAGGGGGCAGCAGCCGAGGACGGCCGUCUGAAGAGAGGAGACCAGAUAAUGGCCGUUAACGGGCAGACUCUGGAGGGCGUCACUCAUGAAGAAGCCGUAGGCAUCCUGAAAAGGACCAAAGGAACUGUCACGCUCACUGUGCUAUCAUAGACACACAUAUGCAAACACUCACAAAUACACACACACUAUCUUCACUACUUAUACCCAAAAUUAAUUCACAUCUAUAAAGACUGAAACUAAGUAGGUGUGAUGUCAUGUCUAUCAGUAGGAGAACUCAAACCAGCAAUAUUUCACAACUAGAAGAUUGUGCUAAAAUCAUCAAAUGUUCACCUGUGAAAAUAUGCACACUGAAAUAUGAACAACCAUACACUGAUAAUCAUGAAGAAGCUUAUUGCUCAAUGUAGCUUUGAACACUGUGAUCCACGUAAGCCUACUGCAACUAGACUUAUGUAUUGCUCCAAAAAUAGUAUGCAAAGUAGAUAUAUGAAUUCAUAAAUAGUUUUCCAUACAUUUAACAGUUUUAAUUAGUUGUAUAUGAAUCUCAAAGAGAGUGUAAAUAGUGUUAGAAACAGAGAUUAACUCACUCACAUUCCAUGGCUCUGGUAUGAAGUAUUCACUGAACAUUGUGGCUCAAGUAUUUUGCUCUUUCCUGUAUUGAAAUUAAUUGAUUGUGAGAUCAGUAUUUUCAGGAGUAUUUUACAGCAGACAGCACCCCAAAGCAAUAUAGGAAUAUUUCUACAGAGGAGAGACCUAUUUUUCAAGGUUUUUUACAGUCUGGGGUCUACUUAUAGGGGGACCUCCCACUAAAUUCAGAGUAUAAACAGCAUGAAAAUGCCCUUGAGGCAAUUAACAGAUUAGCAGGAUUUAGCUAAUGGCUAUAUUAGCUGAUAAUAGCAUUAUUUGUCUUUUACAUUGCACUGCUGUUGGCAAUUCAUCAUGCUGAUUUUCCUGAAAGACUGAUGCUGCUGUAACUGGUGUUAAUCAAUGUAUCAUAAAGUCACUGUUGUUUUAGCAAAAGUGGCCAAGAGAGCAUUUUGUUAGUGCUGAAGGCUAUAGACGUCUGAUAUUGUAAAUACACAGUGUGUUAACACUUCCCUGAAGGGAAAGAUGUGAAAUCCUUAAUGUCUUGGUCCUUAAACUAAGAACGUUUGAGUGUACACUUAACUACUUAAUUGUGUUUGUGUGUGUGUGUCUGUGUGUGUGUGUGGGCGUGUGUGUGCGUAUGACCUGGAAUAUAGUGCUGCUAAAGCCGAUAUAUAAGGUAUUAUGUCACAAUAUUUGGAUUUUUUAAAAAGUAUUAAUUAAUGUUCACUUCAUGAAAGUGCACAGAAAUGUAAAUGACCUAUCUUGGUAGGAAUGGACAAGUGGUUCUUCCUAAGUGUUUAACUUGUCAAAUGAUUAUAUAAUGGACCUGAGCUCAUUCUGACCUCAUUAUUUACCCAAAACAAAGUCAUCUAGUGUGUAGUUUCUGAAGUCAUUAGGCAUGUGUUAUGUGGUCUAGUUUCAGAGAAAGUUGUCUAUUUUCUGUCUAAUCACCUUAAAUAUGUGGCUCUAGUACUGUUAAUGGUGACAGUAUUGAAUUUAUUCACACUGAAUUAAAUAAAAGUGACCUUUGGAUUCAA